AUGAAUCGUUUAUUAGUUUCUUUUAUGGUACCUCGUUAUGGUCAAAUAAUUCAUACCAUACGUAUACAAUCAAUUCAAUUAUUUUCUUCAAAUCUUUCUCGACAAUAUUCAUCUAUAAUUCGUUUACCAACCAUUACAUCAUUAAUAUAUCAGCAAAGAUAUGCAUCAGUUCCUCGUCCAAAAAUUUCUCAAGUAACAAAUUCUGAUGAAUGGUUAACUAGUUCAACAUCAUCAACUAAACAAAAUGAAAAAACAAAUAGCAGUAUUAUUGAUCUUACAAAAUCAAUAACAUCACAACCAUUUUGUGAUCCACCAAUAAAAACUAAUGAUAUUGAUUCAAAACAUACAUUUAAAGAAACUGAACAAGAACUUGUUAUACUUCCAACAGAUUUAAAUAGCAAUGCACAUAUUUCAUUAAAACAAUUAUGUGAUUAUUAUACAAAAUUAUCAAAGAAAAAUCUCACUAUUCUUGUGGCAACAACAGCAGCUUAUGGUUUUGCUAUAGCUCCUCUUCCAAUUAAUAUUCCACUACUUGCAUGUGUUACACUUGGAACAGUUUUAACAUCGGCUUCAGCAAAUACUAUCAAUCAACUUAUGGAAAUUCCUUAUGAUGCACAAAUGAAACGCACACGUAAUCGAGUACUUGUACUUGGUCAAAUAAGUUAUCGACAUGCUACUGGUUUUGCUGCUGUAACAUUAAUUUCAGGUGUAACUAUUCUUACAUUAGGUUGUAAUCCUUUAACUGGUAUUCUUGGAUUAUCGAAUUUUUUACUUUAUACAUGUAUUUAUACGCCAAUGAAACGAAAGCAUAUUAUUAAUACUUGGAUAGGAUCAAUUGUUGGAGCAAUACCACCUGUAAUGGGUUGGACAGCAUGUACUGGUUCUAUAGAUUCAGGUGCCCUUUUACUUGCUUUUCUACUUUAUGCAUGGCAAUUUCCACAUUUUAAUUCUUUAAGUUGGAAUAUUCGGCAAGAAUAUGAUCGUGCUGGUUAUAAAAUGAUGUGUGUUUCUCAUGAACGUUUAUGUUUAAUAACAUCUCUUCGUUAUUCAAUUAUGAUACUUCUUUCAUGUUCAUUUGUUGCACCACUCAUUGAUAUGACAACAUGGCUAUUUGCUUUUGAUACAUUACCGAUUAAUUUCUAUUUAAUUUAUCUAUCAUAUAAAUUCUAUCGUAAUCGUGAUGCACAAUCAUCAAGAAAACUUUUUCGAUAUAGUCUGAUACAUUUACCAUUGUUAUUUACACUUAUGGUUAUUCAUCGACAGGUUAAAACACAAAAUCAUACAACAACAUCUUCAAGAAAUGAAUUAAUACCUGUACCUAUAUAA